AAACAGCCUUCCUGCUUUCCGUAGUUUAAGCCGACUACGUUGGCAACAUGGCGUCCUCAGAUGUCCACGUCCGAAUAUGUGAACAAGAAAUACUCAAAUAUGACUUGGAAAUCAAAGCUCUCAUCCAGGACAUUAGCGAGUGCGCAGGCCCUCAAACCAAGCUGACCGAACUGAACGCUGAGGUGAAAAAGAGUUUCCACAAUCUCAGGUUGCGGAUUCAGGAUUUUGAGCAGAUGGCGAUGGAGCAGGACAAAGAGUCGGACAAGCAAGCUUUGAUGAGUCAGGUGGAGGGACAUAGAAAGCAGAUGCUGAGUAACCAGACAGGUUGGAGGAAAGCCAACCUGGCCAGCAAACUGUCCAUAGACAAUAUGGAGAAGCAGGCACUCCUUAAUGGAAGAGAUAGUGCUGUGAGACAGAGGAAGAUGACCAAAGAGGGGCUGGCUCAGUCAGCCAGUGACAUCACGGAGAACCUAAUGAGCAUCAGCCGGAUGAUGGCGCAGCAGGUUCAGCAGAGCGAGGAGACAAUGACAUCGCUAGCAACCUCCUCGAGGACAAUCCUAGAGACCAAUGAGGAAUUUAAGACCAUGACGGGGACCAUCCAGCUCGGGAGAAAACUCAUCACCAAGUACAACCGCAGAGAGCUCACCGACAAACUGCUGAUCUUCCUGGCGCUCGCCCUCUUCCUCGCCACAGUUCUCUACAUCCUUAAGAAGAGACUGUUCCCCUUCCUAUAGACCAGGUACCUUUCUGAGGAGCUCUCCCAUUACCACAUACAUUACUUUCCAUGCUCAGCGCAAAUGAUUUAAACAACCCCGACUGCCUGCGUGUCAUAUUACACACACAUCACAGACGAGUGUCUGCGCGGUGGAAUGCGGACCGCUCACUCUGCGGAACUGUGACGCUGCUGAGGGUGAAAUAUUGUCCACAAAAAGUGAAGAUAAACCUACAUGGCUGUAAUGGCCAUGCAGUGUUUUAUUUACUGAGAAGGGUUUUGUUCAUCAAUGGGAGUAUUUUAUUCUUCUGGAAAAGAAGACGUACGUGUUGGUGGCAUGAAAUGUGUCAGAUGGCCAUCUUUGAUUAGUGUGAGAGUCCAUUGCUUUUAAUGAGAGGAGAUGGACGAUCCACAUGAAUCUUUCCUUUCAUACAUUCCACUACGGUUUUUGUUUUCAUACAUAUAUAGUUCACAUAUCAAAUAUGCACAGUACAUAUAUUCAUAAAGAUACUUUCCGUACUUUCUGUACAGAAAUUAUUCUCACUCCUAUAAUGCUCUCUCAGUUUACUUCAGAUGUUGCCAUGACUACAGAUAAUGUGCUGACAGCAGUGAAACUCAUCUUUAUGUGUGACACAUAAUGGGAUAGAUUAGAAAAUGUCUAAAAAAAUAUUGUGAACACAAUUUCAGUACAAUUUAAUAAUUGCAAAAUAAGUGCCACUAUUAAUUUCAAUUAAACAAGCUCUUAUUGCCGUGUCUGUCAUUAAAACAAUGACCGUACUAUUAAUUACUGUUCAUCAAUAGUAGUAUUACAUGUCACAAUAUAAAGGAUGUAUGUGGUGGGAAAAUUUUUAGGACUUAAGACAGAAACAGUUCUUCACUAACUGAUGUUUUAACCAAACAAUUUCCCAUCACCUGAUAUCAUAUAGUCACUGUGCAAAUCAUGCAACGAUUAUGAUACAAGCAUUUUGUUUAAUUGUUAUUUAUGAGGAUAUACUGUAUAAUCACUGUGAGGUAUAAUUUAUUACAUUAUAAUGCUAUACAAUACUGAAAUGGCUUUAAACCUUGAUAAAAGUCCAACUGCAGUCAUUCAGUUUGCGUUUCACCAGCUGGAUAAGCAGAACAGUGCUUGUGCCUGUAUAUAUAUGCACUUCAGUUUGUCCCUAUGUUUUAUUCAGUUAGCGAGCAAACCAAAAAAAUUCAAAGAAAGAGUGCGCACACUUCCCUCCAUCUCGGCCCGUGUUAGCUCGGCUCUGGUCUGCAGCGGAGCAGAAAAGCUCAGAAAAGCAGUGGCAGUGAUCACACUGGCAGAGAUAGAGCAGCAUGCAUCCCUGCCUUUCUUCAGAUAAGACCCGGAAAAGCAGAUUAUUCCGACCCGUUUCCCCUCUCCCUUUCCAGCGUGGGUGGAAGGUGAGGGGGGAUAUUUUUAGGCUUGCACGGCGCCGUUAUCUGACGUUGCCUUUUCAACACCUCGGAGGAGAGGGUGGCCAGAGGAGCUACAUGACCUUGCUACCCUGUCUGCAAUUGCCUGGCAUUGCCACUGUUUAAUACAUGUUAAUAUUGUCAGUAUUGACUAUCAAUAAACGCAAAGUCCUCUGGCU